AUGUUAGAUUCUAUUGCUUUGCUGUUGGAGAAAACCUUUCUUCUUGCGCAUUUUAACUUUUUCACAUCGACCCUGUCUGAAAAAGAAGAAUGCACGAAACAUCGGGACGAAAGCGCUCGCUACCGCCGCGGCGAUCUCUUGGAGGUUCCUCGGACUUUGUUUACUCAUUUUGGCAUAUACCUCGGGGACAACAAAGUCGCACACCUUAUGCCCGACAUACUCCUGGUGCUGGCCAGGAAUAAAGCUCAAAUUCAGAAAGUAGUGACGAACAAGAGAUUGGUUCUUGGUGUCAUAUACAAGUAUGCAUCGAUACGAGUGGACUCGGUGGAGGAUUUCUCUUACGGAUCGGAAAUUUUACUCAACACGAUGGAUACUACUUUGAGAAGACAGCCGCUGGCCGCCGAAGAGGUGGCUAGAAGAGCCGAAAAGCUAGUCGGUCAAAUUCCGUAUAGUCUUAUGUGGAAUAACUGCGAACAUUUUGUCACGUACUGCCGUUACGGGACAGCCGUCAGCUUACAAACAGAAAAGGUAAAAGUGCCUUCCAUCACCAUGCUUUUCCUUUGA